GAUCUAAAUCGGCAGGAAAUCCAUUCCAAUCACCAGCUUGCGAAUAUCUUCGUGGAAGAUCAGUCGCCCUUCAGGUAUCGCUCUAGUUUUCGCAGCGCAUUUAGUCGAAGAGGUUUGUUAGGUGCCUAGAGCCUAGACAGCUAGAGAGAUAGACUGCCUGAGCGAUAGCUCCUAGCAGUGAGACCACGCGCAAGGCCAACCCUCGCGGCCUCGUGGCCGCACAGACGUAUUCCUCUAUCCUGCGUCCCCAUCUGGUAUUCCCGCAAGUGGUAAGCCCGACUAUGAAUAUGGAAGCAUGCCGGCCUCUUUCGCAUCUGCUUGCACUCUGCUAGCCUUGCAUGUACGACCAUUGAACUCAGGUUGGGUCUAGUGUACGAUCAUGAACCAGAUUCUGGAGAUCGUGAAAGAUGUACCGGAGGUGCCGGUGGGAAAUAUCUACUGGAUGAUCGACCAUGCUUGUCGCGUGGACAAAUUAAGCCUCAAGGUCGUCUCUAUACUACUCGGCAUCCUCGCGGUAUCAGCGUCCGUCGCACGAUUAUUCUUUCGAUAUCGAAGCGCGCAGACACUUAACCUCGAAGACUAUUUCAUACUUUUCGCCACGACUUGCUUGGUCGCAGAAAUGGGUCUCAUUCUUUCCUUUACCGAGACGAUGUAUCGAACUGAUGGCGCCACACUCAACCUUUCUGUACUCAGAUACUUCACGAGCGAUCCAGAACUGAGCAAAAACCUCUUCAACAGCGGACCUUCGAUUCUCAUUGCAUACCUCACUUUAGGAUGGCUAGCGAUAUUUUCAGUCAAGUGCAGCUUCCUGGCGUUAUUCCAUAAGAUGUGCAGGAAUGUGAGCCGCAAGCUUACGGCGUAUUUCUGGGUGACAGUGGCAGCAACUGGAACGAGCUGCAUCGUCGUCAUCUUGGAGAGCUUCAUUUUGUGUCCGCGCUUCGGUGCCGAUGCGACGCAGUGCUUCCUAGAAAACCAGUACACGUUCAGUAUUAGCUCGGGUGUGGUAGUGCAGUCCUUGGACAUUGUGACUGAUCUUAUGAUUAUCAGCAUCCCUUUGACGCUACUCAAGAUGUCGCACCUUAAACUACAGAAUAAAGUUCCCAUCGCGAUUGUUCUAUGUCUGUCGAGCAUUUGCGUCAUUCUCAGCAUUGCUCGCCUUGCUGCCGGCAUGCAUCGCAACGUCUUUGGGAAAUGGCAAUUUGGUAUGGCCUGGCUAAGUUUCAUGCUGCACUGCGAAGCGUCUGUGGCGGUUAUGGCGGGCUCACUCCCCGCAUUACGAGCCUUCUACACCUCCCGCCGGAGUCGCAGGAUUGAAACAACCCCAAGUGAAAAGCUGAACGAGAAGCUUUCGGACAGCCUUAAAGGCAAGGCUUUGCGGCUACUUGAGGCGAUCCGCAAUAAAGAGCAGCCAGUAUUACCACGACACGAACGCAUCCAGCCAAGAGCAUCAAUAGCGAAAUGGCCUCAGUCGAUUAUUGGUAUCAUUCCACGAAGACCAAUGACCUACAAGGGCGGCGAUCUGCACGUGGUUGGUCCGGAUGGCCAGCGGUAUUCAGCGGCAGAAAGUGUGAUGAUAGAUCCCACCUCAGCAUAUCAUAAUAUCAGGAAGCAGGAGUUGCAAAGAGACGGUAUAAUGGUCAAGCGUGAGACCAUGGUGUGGAGCGACUCAGCGAGAUCGAAGUACGCGUCGGUGGACAUGAGUGAGGCGAUAUCGCACACUGGGACCAUAAUAUCGUCAGCGGGUAGUAGUCCGGAAUUGAAGGGUAGUGACCUGGCGUUUCCUGCCAGGGCCAUGUCGGCGAGGAAGGUCAAUUAUUUCAUCGAUUCACAGUUUGGUCAGAUUACUGCAGGAAUGCGCAGCUAA